GUAAUUUUUAACUGUCAAAUUUCUUUUGUAUUAUAAAUCAAUAUUAAUUUAAUAACAUUAAAUUUACUAUAGGGCUUUCCGGUUGCUUUUGCUCUUAUGUCGAGAAAGACUACGAAGGCAUACGCAGCUUUAUUUGAAAAACUUUUAAGAAUUGAACCACAAUGGCAACCUGAAACCAUAAUAAUAGAUUUUGAACUAGCCGCUAUGGCAGGCAUUCAAUUUAUAUUUCCAGGUAUAAACAUCCAAGGUUGUUGGUUCCACAGCAGUCAGGCUAUUUGGAGGAAAAUUGGGAAUCUUGGAAUGAUUGAGUUAUGCACAAGUGAUCGUGGAGCAUAUGAUAUUGUCCACAUGAUAAUGGCAUUGCCAUUAAUACCGGGUAAUAAAAUAAAUGAAGGGUUUACAUCAAUACAAAUUUUUUAUGAAGAAAAUAUUAAACUAACAUUGUCAACCGAGAGUCAGGAAAAAUUUGAAACUUUUUUCCAAUAUUAUAGAACGACAUGGUUAACAGGUGAGUAAAAUAUGUUAUGUAUUUCAUA